UUCCCCUGCCUUCUCGCGGAGCAUCGCAGAUUUCACUGGACAUGCUAUACAUGGUCCUGCUGAUCAAUUUGCUCUGAUGGUUGACUCAGGUCAACGGACGAAACUUGCUGUACGAGUCCCUGUGACACUGGGUGUUAUGUCUCGGUGUCCAGAUGCUUUCGUAUGUGAAAACGUUUUUGACCAGGUUCUCGACAAAGUAGGGCAUGAAAAAGUUGAUCUUUCAUUAACAUUCAUUGGAAAGUUGAAUAGUUCUGAACCUAUUUAUGGAGUAACAUGCAAACAUGGUUCGCUGGAAUGUACUGGAAACAUCCAUGAACUUUGUGUGGCCAAGUACUCAGGGGCAAGUAGCAUCUGGUGGCCGUUCCUCCGCUGUCUUAAUUAUGGCGGGGCGGAGAGUAUCGGGCUCGAACGGACGGCGAAAGAGUGUUCGAAGGUGUCCGAUAUCGAUUGGAGCCAAAGCGGAAUCGAGGCCUGCGUGAAUGGAGAGGAGGGACCUCGACUUUUACGUGAGAGUGUGAAGCACACAAAACAGCUGGGUAUUCAGUUGAGUUAAUCAUACUUUGGUUGUUAUGCGUUUAUUGUGUCCCCCCUUUCCCUUUAUGCCUACUAGUCCUUUUGCGUAGAGCAAUUAGCCCCGUGCUGGACGUAUUUGGAUGACUGUCGUCUUCCACUCUCACACCUGCUUGCAACGCGCGUGAAGGAGGUUUUAUUGCGUGACGAUACUGAUUCCAUUCUUCGUUUCCGUGUAUAGGAAGAGUUGCACUAUUUUGAUCAGCGGGAAAGUUCGAUGCGUGCGCGAUGGGAGUUGGCAAAAAUGCGAUGCUGGUCACGAGCCGAAGGAUUUUGUGGAUUCGAUUAAUGCCGAGUAUGAUCGAUUGAACAAUUUGUAG